CCCCCCCACCACUCAACUUGCCUUUGGAACCAGCUGGUGCAUUGUGCGCAUAAACCGGUGUUACUUUGCUGCUUUUCAGCCAACCGGCGUUGAACGCAUCCCCAGCCUCUCGAAGCUCAAUUCUUCUUCCGAUACACAUCGUGCAGUGCGAGCCUGCUUGCCUCGCGGCUAGCUCCGACUCCGCUGUGGCCAUGGAGCAGCGGCAGAUUGAGGAGGAGGAGGAGCUUAUGCAAGAGGCGCUUGCCUUGCUGGCCGAUUGCCAGGACGACGAUUAUGACGCUGCGAUCUCGCGCCUGUUGCUUCCGUCUGACGAUGAGCUCCACAGCCCCGUGUCUGCCAACCGCAACGACCUCAGCCUGUCGACCAACGAAGCGGCACACGCUCCGAUGUCGAUUCCACUUGAUCUAGGCCCAGCAAGUAGUAACACCACUUUCAGUGCAGAGGUCUCCCCCGCCGUGACACCUGCGCUGACGACCGCUACCAGUAGCCCCGUUAAGAAGACUCCCAUGUCUACUGCCAAGCAGCAGCCGCAGCGCAAGAAGAAGGCGCCUUCGAGCACGGGUAAGAAGCGUAAAACCGCCUCGCACAACUCGAAUCGCGCGCGUGACGAACGCAAAGAAGAACUCAUCUAUCUCCGAAAGACGGUGCAGACGAUGGAGGCAAGAUUGCGUACACUUCAGCUCUCGCAACGUCGGGCAUUGGCUGCGCCUGCGCCUGCACCCGCGAGAGCCGCGCCUCUAGGAGAGGCGCAAACGUUCACCGAGGGCGCCUUCGCGCUCGCUGCUCUGCAGGGCCAUGCCAUCACGAGUGAGCCGCCAUUAUCUCCUGAAGAUAUGAAGGAGGACGCGGCGAUGGGGCCCGUUUGGACUGAGAUUGCAGCACGCCAGUACCAGGAGCGUCGCCGUGUCGAACUGGAGAAUAUUCGACUGAAACUCAUCCUCGAGGGCCAAAUCAAGAUGGCCAAAAGUCUCGAGAAGAUGCUGACGAAGCGCACCAGCUUACGGGUAAUGGAGUCCAUUCAGGGCAAAUAUCUAACUAGUUUGCAGCACCGUAAGCCUACAUCGACAGAGGAAGAGGACGAGGCGGCCAUUUUUGCUCGUCUAGAGAAGGAAUUGGAGACUGCGCUGGACGAAGUGGACGUUGUUUUCGAGGCAAUCGGGCUCGCUCGCAUGGAGAAAACGUACGCGGAUGCCCAAGUGCGGCGCGAGAACGGGACAACUGUGAUGGAGAUAUUCGCCAACAAGGUCGUUCCGUUUAGCGUCGAAGCUACGAGCCACGCAGUCUGGGAGCAUUUCGUUCACUCCAUGGACCACAUCCCAUCGCGUUUUGUCUAUCAGAAGCAACUAAAGACGGAAACAACGGACGAUACGUUGAUGGAGAGCUUCGGUCUAGAGCUCGUUGGUAGCCGCAAUGCCACUGCCGCCUUCAGAGUGCGUCAGAUCCGCCGGAAGUUUGUUCAGCCUCACCGGGUUGUCAUCGCGUGGCCCAUGUAUUCCGAGGCGCUCGAGCUUUCUGCCGAGCCCACGAAAGGUGUACGCCUUCAUGAGAAGUGUUUUACUGUGGUCAAGGCUCUUCCGAAUGCUAGUGGCCGCCGAGGCGCCCUAAUACAAACGUGCUACGUUCUCCGCCCGGAGAUUUACGGUCAUGUUGCUGACCGAGAGCGCAUUCUCACCACUCUAACGGAUUUUUUGUUGGACUCUGUUUCACACACCAUUAGCUCCAGUCACCAAAUGAUUGAGAACUAUCUGUUGGAUGGAGCGCUCCGAUUCCGACCUGAACCAAAUGCGUUGACGCAGGUGACAAACCAGGAGAGCGCCGUUGAAGAAAAACUCCUGUAGCAACUGCAAGACAGGAAAUCACUCAACUCUUUUAGACUGUGGAGUCAUUAGGACACGGAGCUUCAUACCAGCCAGGCUUACUACGGUUGACGAUUGGUACGAAACUUUGUACAACACAUUUUGUAAUUAACGUUACCAGAACGGCAACGUUUAUCGUGACUUGGUGAGCUUUAUGUUACUUUCAGGAUUAUUUUCCCAUUUCGAGACGAGUGAGAUGACAGCAAUGGAACAAGCGAUCCGUUAGAUGUGCUUUUUGAGAGCCCCGCUGAGAAGUACAUUCUCGAUCAUCUGGUGGCUCGCACUGAUACUACCAGUCACGGAACUCAGUACGAAGUCCGUGAGUGCGCCAACCUUGCGCGACUGAUCAGGUCCAUUACGAUCGCGAAAUUCGGGGCGAAUAAUGUAGCAUGUCUGCAUCAACGUACAGUCCUCCUGACCUGUAGCGGGAGGCUUGAUCACGAUGUAGCCCUUUUCCAAAAAGCGGAUACCUGGUGUUGGCUCGGCCGAGAAUUCCACCGUAUCCGUUAUCGUACGCCACACAACAAUGAUACGAUCCUGUUCCACAUACCGCCGGAUAAUGUGCUUCACGUGGAAAUCUCCAUUCGUAUGACCGUCGGUCAUCUCCAGUCCGUAGCGUUCCACUACGGUGUCGUCACUUGUUUCGAUAUGCAGCGGUUGCUUCUCGUAGUACGUGCGAUGAGGCAUGUGGUCCAUCGAGUGUGCAAAAUGACGCCACACUGCCUUCCCCGUCGUGGGCAUGCCAAACGGCAUGACCUUGUUCGCGUAGAUCUCCAUCACCAUACCCCGAGUUGCAUCAUGCUCGAUCUUUGCUGUGCGAUGAGCCGUUUCCAUGCGUCCCAAUCCAUUGGCUUCGAAAACCACAUCGAGCUCCUGACGAGAUUUCUCGAUCCCAGAGAGCAGCAUAUCAAAAUCUGCGCGGUCGUCACGAGCCGCAUCCGGUCCCGGUACGGGCGAUACUCGGCGAAUCCGUUUGCUCGGUCCACCCAAGACCUGAAGAAUGUCCUUAAAUCAAGGAAUAUGUCAGUAAAGCUCGGAUAGACUACAACCUCUCAUCACGAGGCAUGCGGAUACUUUACUCGUUCAUUUUGGCGCUUUCUGAGAAUGCGCUCGAGACUUUUUGCCACCUUGAUCUGCUUCUCCAGCACCAACUUUAGUCGCACAUUUUCGCGUUCAGCCUUUUGUCUCUCCAGUGCCUGGCGUUGUGCCAUGUCCCCCCACACUGCGGCCAGGUGCGCUGGUGAUGCGGUGCUCCCCAUAGGAGCCGCAACCGACGAAAAGGUGGCAGAAGGUGUUCCAGUAGAUAGUUUGGUGACGCGCAUGGCUGCCAGCUUGUUCUUUACCCUCGGGCCAUCCGUCGGCUCCACCGCUGAUGGCGGGGCCGCAACGGACGAAAACUGCGCUGAAGCGGUCUGAGGCUUGUGUGUGCUGCGGAGUUGGUCCAACUGGAGCUGUAAAUCCUUCACUUUCUGGCGUAAAUAUACCAACUCCUCUCGUCGGGCAUCUCGAGCGCGGUUCGAGUAUUUGCGGGGCUGCUUGGUUUUCUUACCCUUGGGAUUCUGUGGCUGCAGCGUCGGACUGCUUGUGAAUGAGGUUGGACUGUCUGUGGAGAAAACGGGGCUGCCACCACGGCACGAGAGAGCAAGCGUGGAAUCCAAAGUCGGUGGUUCGCGGGGUGUCAUCUGCUGAUGCGGAGUUGUUUCCAACUCGGGAAUCGGAUGUUCCGUGAGCGUUGGUAGUUCCAGGUCCGUGUCCAGAUUAUCACUAUUAUCAUCGAGACCCAGGUCCGCUAGGUCCAGCGCAGCGUCGGCUCCGAGUAGCCAUUCCGUUGACGUCUCGCAGUCGGCGAGGAAAGAGAGCGCUUCCUCUAGCGUCUUGGAGUCAUCCUCCUCCAUCGCUGUGCGCUAGCCUCGAUGUGAAAUGAAUACUGACCUGGAAAAACAAUUUUGGGUAUCAGAAUCAUACCGUACGUUACCGGUAUGGUUUGACUGGAUUAUACUUGAAAUUUGUAAGCGAAAUAUACGGAGAUAUUAAAAAAAAAAUAAUGGGGAUGCUUCAGUAA